AUCAUGAAGUAAUUGAACUUAUCUGUUGAUAUAAAAACACAGAUCCAAUUCGUGUCUGUGGAUGCUGCAGGGACUGGCUCAUUGGAGCCAAACCAUGUGGCGGAAACUCCUGAAAUUGGUGGAAAAAGUGGAAUAUGGCAGAUUGGAUUUAUAUCAAGCACCUAUAUACUUUACGGCAGAAAUUAUGCUAAAUCCUAAGAAUGAAACAAUAAUGAAGGCAAAGCUAUUCCCUGCCAAAAGGAACUUAGAGUUUAACGAACAAAGCAAACGGAUGAACAGACCAAAAUAAGCUAAACGGACAAAAGAACUUAAUAAUCCAGCAAUUGCAAGCUUAGGACAAAGUCCAACCACAUCCCCUAAAUGGCCAAGGGACAGUGAUGAUAACAUGGAGAAAGACACCCUUAAGUGGAAUUUCAAGAAACUAGUACCUGCCCCAUGGUAAAAGAUCAAGUCCUCAGAAAGAUCUCCAAAGCGUUUACGUUGGACUCAGGAGCAUCUGCUGAGCCAGGUCACUCUCUGGGUCUUACCCUUGGCUUUUCUCAUUGCGGAAACUGCCAGACAGUGGUGGUCAGUGCCCAGCCUGAGGGGAUGGCUUCAAAUGGAGCAUACCCAGUGCUGGGACCGGGCGUGACCGUGAACCCCGGCACCUCCCUGUCUGUGUUCACGGCUCUGCCCUUCACCACACCCGCUCCCGGCCCAGCACACGGGCCGCUCCUUGUGACUGCAGGGGUUCCUCCAGGCGGCCCUCUGGUGCUGUCUACCUUCCCCAGCACACCUCUGGUGGCAGAACAGGAUGGCUGCGGCCCGAGUGGGGCCGGGGCUUCCAACGUCUUUGUCCAGAUGAGGACAGAGGUGGGGCCUGUGAAGGCCGCUCAGGCACAGACCUUGGUCCUAACUCAGGCCCCCCUCGUCUGGCAGGCUCCAGGCGCCCUCUGUGGAGGUGUCGUGUGUCCACCUCCCCUACUCCUGGCAGCUGCUCCUGUGGUGCCUGUUAUGGCUGCCCAGGUGGUUGGGGGCACCCAGGCCUGUGAGGGAGGCUGGUCCCAGGGCCUUCCUCUUCCACCACCACCACCACCGGCUGCCCAGUUGCCCCCCAUUGUGUCCCAAGGGAAUGCUGGGCCAUGGCCACAAGGGGCUCAUGGAGAGGGCAGCCUGGCUUCCUCCCAGGCCAAGGCCCCGCCAGAUGACUCCUGUAACCCCAGGAGUGUCUAUGAGAACUUCCAACUCUGGCAGCACUACAAGCCCCUGGCCCGGAGGCACCUUCCCCAGAGUCCUGACACCGAAGCGCUUUCGUGUUUCCUCAUCCCAGUUCUCCGAUCUCUGGCCCGGCGGAAGCCCACCAUGACCCUGGAGGAGGGACUGUGGCGGGCCAUGCGGGAAUGGCAGCACACGAGCAACUUUGACCGGAUGAUCUUCUACGAGAUGGCGGAAAAAUUCCUGGAGUUUGAGGCUGAGGAGGAGAUGCAGAUUCAGAAAUCGCAAUGGAUGAAGGGGCCCCAGUGCCUGCCUCCGCCAGCCACACCGAGGCUUGAACCUCAAGGACCCCCGGCCCCUGAGGUGGUCAAGCAGCCAGUGUACAUUCCCAGCAAGGCCGGCCCCAAGGCCCCAACAGCCUGCCUGCCACCACCCAGGCCCCAAAGGCCAGUGACCGAGGCCCGCCGGCCACCACCCCGGCCCCACCGGCGAGCAGAGACCAAGGCCCGCCUGCCACCACCGAGGCCCCAGAGACCAGCAGAGACCAAGGUCCCUGAGGAGAUCCCCCCAGAAGUGGUGCAGGAGUAUGUGGACAUCAUGGAGGAGCUGCUGGGGCCUUCCCUCGGGGCCACGGGGGAGCCCGAGAAACAACGGGAAGAGGGCGAAGUGAAGCAGCCACAGGAAGAGGACUGGACGCCCCCAGACCCGGGCCUCCUGAGCUACAUUGACAAGCUGUGUUCCCAGAAAGACUUCGUCACCAAGGUGGAGACCGUCAUUCAUCCCCGAUUCCUGGAAGAAUUGCUUUCCCCAGAUCCACAGAUGGAUUUCUUGGCCCUAAGCCAGGAGCUGGAGCAGGAGGAAGGACUCACCCUUGCCCAGCUAGUGGAGAAGCGCCUCCUACCCUUGAAGGAGAAACAGCAUGCGAGGGCAGCCCCUAGUCAUGGCACAGCCCGGUUAGACUCAAGUUCUUCUAAGUUUGCAGCUGGCCAAGGAGCAGAGAGAGACGUCCCUGACCCCCAACAAGGGGAUGGCAUGGAAACCUGCCCACCCCAGACGACUGCCCGGGACUCUCAGGGACGAGGCAGAGCACACACUGGCAUGGCCAGGUCCAAAGACUCUGUUGUGCUUUUGGGAUGUCAGGAUUCCCCUGGGCUGAGGGCUGCCCGGCCAAACUCUCCUCCCCAGGACCACAGACCCACCUGCCCUGGCGUGGGUACCAAGGAUGCCUUGGAUCUCCCUGGAGGGUCUCCUGUCAGGGAGUCACAUGGGCUGGCUCAGGGGUCAAGUGAGGAGGAGGAACUCCCCAGCCUGGCCUUCCUCUUGGGUUCCCAGCACAAGCUUCUGCCCUGGUGGCUACCCCAGAGCCCUGUCCCUGCCUCGGGCCUUCUCAGCCCAGAAAAGUGGGGACCCCAGGGAACUCAUCAGUCCCCAUCUGCUGAGAGAAGAGGCCUCAACCUAGCGCCUUGUCCUGCCAACAAGCCCAAGAAGCGACCUCUCUUUGGAAGCCUGUCCCCUGCUGAAAAGACACCCCACCCAGGGCCUGGGCUCAGGGUCUCUGGGGAGCAAUCCCUGACUUGGGGGCUGGGUGGCCCCUCACAGUCUCAAAAGAGAAAGGGUGACCCCUUGGUCUCCAGGAAGGAGAAGAAGCAGCAUUGUAGCCAGUAGGGGCUUCUGAGCAGGCUCUCUGGGGCCAAUCCCCAAGGAUGGGGCUCUGGCAUCCAAUGCCCCAAAGCGGUCAAAAGCUUCUUCUCCCCCAGUGCUGAUCUUGCUGGGCCUUAGCUUUGGAGGAUAGGGAAGGGAGGGGAGGGAGAGGGUGGCUGAAUGGGGAGGGCAGGAAGGGAGGGUCUGGGGGGAAGGGGCUGGGGAGUGGGGGUGGGAAGCAGUGCAUUGGGGGCCUCAUGUGUAAGUGUGAAUAAAUGUAGUUGUCUUGGAAAAUGCUCUUGGGGCUGCUGCCUCUGUCCUCGGUGCUGUGCUGCUCCGUGGAGGGUGUCUGUGAGGGAGGGCAGAGGAACUGGCAGAUGCCAGGCUCUGGGAACCCACAGGGGCCGGCCCCACUCUUUCCUCCU